AGCCUUUGGCCGAAGGGCGGGGCUGUGUUGAUGACGUGUCCGGGGCGUGGCGGAAGUGCGGCCGGAAUAGAGGAGUCGGUCUGUCUCCCCUCCCACAUGAGCCUCCCCCGGGAUGAGCUCCAAGGCCAAGAGGGUGCUGCCCACCCGCCCUGAGCCCCCCAGCGCGGAGCAGAUCCUGGCCGACGUGCAGGGCACGCUCCCGUCCGACCCCGUGUUCGUCCUCCCCGCCGAGCCCCCCCAGGACCCCGGCCCCGCUCCAGGCUGCCCCGAGCCCGCGGCCGAGGAGCGGGAGCGGCUGUACCGGCAGAUCCGCUCCUACGUGGGGAUGAACCAGCGGCUGCAGCAGUCCCGGGAGCAGCUGCGGGAGCGGCGCCGGGAGCUGCAGAGGGUCGGGGAGGCGCUGGACCGCGGCAUCGCCGAGAUGAGGCAGAAGGCGUUCUGAGGGACCGUGGUGGGCGCCUCGGGACACCCCCACGCUGUGGUUUCACCUUCCCAAAGCGAUUUGCGUCGGGAGGAUCCGGAUUUGCCAGGACAGCGCCGGCUGUGCCACCCCAGUGAGCUUUUCCCAGGGAACACCGGGAUCUGCCAGGCCAGCACGGUGGCACCUUCCCGGUGCUGGGAUAAAGGCUUGCACCCCUCCUUCUGCCCCUGAACCGGCUGCCAUGUCCCUCGUGGGUGGCACAUCCUCUGCUCCCUACGACUUUUCCCUCUGGUACUUCCCCGAGGAUGACCCCAUCGCCUCCCGCAUCGCGGAGCGCCUGAGGGAGGAGGGAUUUCGGGGCUUCACUGAGCACCAGGACCGAGUGGCCGGGACAUCUGUCAUCCUGACGGCCGUGGAGGCCAUCGAGGCCAGCCGGGUGGCCAUCCUGCUCCUCUCGGCCAAGUCCCUGGGUGACCGGUGGUGCCAGCGCGUGUCCCAGUGGAACCUGUUCCGCAACAUCCACCAGCGCGGCCCCAGGGUGGUCCCCGUGUGCGUGGGGGUCACCAGAGCCGAGGUGCCCCCGUUCCUGCAGCACCUCGUCCCGCUGGAAUACCAGAACGAGUUCUUCUUCCCGCGGCUGCUGGCCAGCCUGAGGUCCCGCCCAAGGAGCGGGGCCAGGCGGGUCCCGCCCAAGGGGACGAACUGAGGGACCCCCCUGAGGGGGGCUGGGUCGGGGGCCAGCACCGCCCCAUGGUGUGAAAAACUGCCCUGUUUUGCUAAUAAAGGUGGUGGGAAUGGGUCACAAAUCUCACAAAACCCCA